CCUCCAUCCCCUCCUCUCUCCCUCCUCUGCUGGGCCUGGGGGUCUGGGCCAGCAACUAGUAUUGCAGACAUGGGCCAAGGAGCCAGAGGCCAUGCAGUGGCUCAGGGUCCGUGAUUCGCCUGGGGAGGCCACAGGACACAGGGUCACCAUGGGGACAGCCGCCCUGGGUCCCCUCUGGGCAGUGCUCCUGCUCUUUCUCCUGAUGUGUGAGGUCCCUAAGGUGGAGCUCACCUUUGACAGAGCUGUGGCCAGCGGCUGCCAACGGUGCUGUGACUCUGAGGACCCCCUGGAUCCUGCCCAUGUGUCCUCAGCCUCUUCCUCCGGCCUCCCGCACGCCCUGCCUGAGAUCAGACCCUAUAUUAACAUCACCAUCCUGAAGGGUGACAAAGGGGACCCAGGUGCAAUGGGCCUGCCAGGGCACAUGGGCAGGGAGGGUCCCCAAGGGGAGCCUGGCCCACAGGGCAGCAAGGGUGACAAGGGGGAGAUGGGCAGCCCCAGUGCCCCGUGCCAGAAGCGCUUCUUCGCCUUCUCAGUGGGCCGCAAGACGGCCCUGCACAGCGGCGAGGACUUCCAGACGCUGCUCUUCGAAAGGGUCUUUGUGAACCUCGAUGGGUGCUUUGACAUGGCGGCCGGCCACUUUGCUGCUCCCCUGCGCGGCAUCUACUUCUUCAGCCUGAAUGUGCACAGCUGGAACUACAAGGAGACGUAUGUGCACAUCAUGCACAACCAGAAGGAGGCCGUCAUCCUGUACGCACAGCCCAGCGAGCGCAGCAUCAUGCAGAGCCAGAGCGUGAUGCUGGACCUGGCCUACGGGGACCGCGUCUGGGUGAGGCUCUUCAAGCGCCAGCGCGAGAACGCCAUCUACAGCAAUGACUUCGACACCUACAUCACCUUCAGCGGCCACCUCAUCAAGGCUGAGGACUACUGAGGCCCUCUGGGCCAUCCUUCCGGCCAGAGAGCCCAGGUGCUGGUCCCAUCCCCUGCAGGGCUCAGUUUGCAUCGCUGUGAAGCAGGAAGGCCAGGGAGGUCCCCUGGGACCUGGCAUUCUGGGGAGACCCUGCUUCUUUCUUGGCUGCCAUCGUUCCUCCCAGCCUAUUUCUGCUCCUCUCUUCUCUCUUGGACCUAUUUUAAGACACUUUCUAACCUAAAUAUUCUAGAACUUUCCCAGCCUCGUAGCCUAGCACUUCUCAAACUUGGA